AUGGAUGUUAUAGAAGACAUUUCAAAAUCUCUUGAAAUUGUUGACACCCUAUUGGAAUUAUUGCCGCCAUUCCAAGCGCGACUCCUUUCCUCCUGUGUCCCAUUAUCGAUAUCUUCAUUAAACUUGAUUAAAUCAAAAUUAACUGCCCUAAAAGACCUUGAAGAUUUUACCGAGCUGAAUCUGAUUUUUCUCAAAGGCCUUAUCGAGAAGCUUCUGUUUUAUUUAAACGAACUAUUAAAAAUGAUCACAAACUGGGCUAAAUCUUUUGAGGAAGAAGAAGACGAAGAUUUAUUAAUUUUUACCUCAAAAUUUGACUCAUUUUCUGACAUUUUAGACACAAUACCUUAUGUUUCUAAAAAUGAUCUCAUUAGUCUUGAAAAAACUGACCCCAGAUGGACUAAACUAUCUCCUUACUCAUCAAUAUUUUCUUAUUCUAAACCUAAAAAAGUACUAAAACACUAUAAAAACUUCAUGGUCCAAGUAGCAGUAGCCAAUGCUUUUAUGGCAGUUGGCCUUGAAGAAAAAAGUUUGAUAGAGAAGAAAAUUAUGGUAGGGAUUGGUGCUAUGUAUUAUUCAGUGUUUAAAUCCCAGGCUGUCCGAAGAACUAAAAUAUUUAUAGCAAACCCAAGAAUUGACGUCGCACAAAAUUUGUGAAAUUUAGUUGACUCAUGGAUGGUCUCCCACCUAAUGAACUUAAUGAUGCCAAGUGUAAAAAUCAAUAAAGUCAUGUAUAUUCCACGCACAGUUUCCCAUGUCCUAAGCCAAGAAAACUAUUCUUUAAAUGUGAAUCAAUGUUUUAAAGAAAAUAGUGAAGAGGAUUUGGUCAUGACGAGAUUUAUAUGUAGCUUUGAUCCUGUCAGCAAAGAGAAAGUGGAAGGUAUUUUUUGCUGUGCAGGGAGAAGAGAUAAAACAGAUAGGAAAAGCCAUCAUUAUCAGUUGGUAUUUCAUAUACAUGGGGGCGGCUUUGUAAGCAUGUCGUCAGCUUCUCAUCAAGUUUAUACAAGAAAAUGAGCCAAACAGCUAGGAAUACCUGUAUUUUCUAUAGACUAUAGACUGGCGCCAAAGAACCCUUAUCCAGAUGCAUUGGAUGAUGUGUGGCAGGCUUAUAAUUGGGUCAUAAACAAUGCUAAAGAUCAAUUAGGAAUAAACCCAGCACAAAUUAUUCUGGCUGGUGACUCAGCAGGAGGAAAUCUUGCACUUGCCCUAACAUAUAAAUGCAUUCUUUCAAACUUUCGAAUCCCUGAUGGACUUCUCUUAGGCUAUCCUGCUUUAAAUUUAAGCAAAAAACAUUAUACUCCUUCAAUGCUUUUUUCUCUUGAGGAUUUCUUAGUCCCCCACACCUUCCUCAAGCUAGUUAGGAGUUAUUAUACUGCAGAUCCUUCCUUGGACCUAGAAAAUGAUAUUUUUAUAUCACCAAUUGCAGCUUCUCCAGACAUCCUUCAGCAUCUCCCGCCCAUAAGAAUUCUUGUCGGGCAAAAUGAUCCGUUCCAUGAUGAUUGCUAUAGAUUUACCGAAAAAUUGAUUGAUGCAGGAAGAGAUGUGAAACUAAAAGAAUACGAAGGAACGCCACAUGGAGCUUUUAGCUUCUGCUUUGUAGGCGGAGUGAAAGAAAGCUAUGAUGUUUUACAUCAGUCGAUUGAAUGACUCAGGGAAUUAUUUUUAAUUAGAAAAGAGUAA